AUUACAUGGAGUAUAUUAGAAAAAUAGCAUCAUGAAAGUAUUCUUCUAUUUAGUUAUAUUUAAUAACACUUGGAUCUACUAGUUUUUGAGUUAUUUAUCGGUAGUGGGGAAAGUGAAAUCAAGAAUAUUACUGUUGGUAAACAAGACUAGUGAUUUGAAUCCAAUAAAAAAUUGAUGGCUACCAUAGAUAUGGCUAAGUCUACACCUUCAGUGGUUAAUAUUCAUAAUAAACAAAAAACAGCUGAUAAUCGCCGUAUUCAUCAAGAGCCGUAUAAACUAAACAUUGAGAAAACGGAUUAUUCAUCAUUUCAAGCUACUCUUCAAAAUCUAGAUUUGAAUCAUUUAAGCGAAGAUGAACGUCAAAAAGUUUUGGAUGUAAUCAAAAAUGAUUUUCUAAUACGCGCCAAAGAAAGAGAAAGAUUAAAUCGAUUCCGUUGUAGUAUCCUUAGAAGAGAUAAAGAGUUGGCUGCUAAAAAUCUUUUAAUGGUUGUUGAAAGUACAUCAUGUUUACUAUGUGGACGAGCAUUUAUGGCCUUAUUUAAUCCUAAACGUAUAUGUGCCAACUGUCAAAGAACAAUAUGUCGAAAUUGUUCUGAUUCUGUGCCUAAAUUCAAUGGUUAUUUUUGUACACUAUGCCUUAAAGAAACGGGUUAUCGAGCUAUGACGUGUAAUUGGUUUUAUGAUACAGUUAUUCAGCGAUUUAGAGAAUUCGGUAGUACUACAGUGGCAAAAAGUUUAUUCGGAUCAAAAUACAAACAGGUUCAAAAUAUGGCUGAAGACGAGCUUUGUAAUCUUUUGUUCCGAUUUCCGUCAUCUAAGAGGAACUCUUUGGAUUCUAGUGAAUCCGCCAAGCCUUUUACUUCAGAUCAAGCCAGAGAAGCACAGAUCAGUAAGUUAAGAAGUAGACUGAGAAAAUUAAUGGAUGAAACGCAAUCUGAACUGAAUGCUAUUGAAAAGUAUGCUGCUUUAUCACCAAGACAAAUAACUUGGCAAUAUGAAAAUAUAUACGUAAAGUUUAAGAAGAAUUCUUGCAGAGAGAUGAAAAGUUUCAUCCAAAUUCUCUACAUAAUGACCGAAAAACAACAUAUGAGUCAAGGAAUGAGCACAAAAAACAUUACACCAUAUGUGAUGGAUAUAUUAGAAGAUGAAAUCAGCCAAUUAGUUGGAUACAGUGUGAAGGGUAUUACAGAUACAAAUAGUUUGGCCGGUGAAGACGAUAAAGAAUCUGUUUCAAUGGUUGAAUCUGAAGCUGUUGAAGAACGACUAGCUGAAGUUCUCUUGAAUAAAAUCCGAUCCGACCUGGAUCCUGGAAAACAAAUAUCGCCUAUAGCUAUUACUGCUACUACUGCAGCUGCUCCUGUGGUCACUAAUCUAAAGGAUAGUUCAAAUGUUAAUGAAAUUAAACCAGAUAACUAUUUGAAAACUUUUUCAAACAAUACAAAGGAGGAAGUUAGUGCCAUAGAAGGCUUCCCAAUUCGAAUAGAAUAUGAUCUACCAUAUGAAGAGCAAUGCGAAUUUCGUUGGUACAAACUAAACAAUGAAAAACAACGUGUACCAGUAAAAUUGGAUUUUCGUAUUGAACACGUCAUUACAGGAGUAACCAGUAAUCCAUUAAGAAAACACACUUUUGUUUUGUCUAACUCUGGUUCCAUAAGUAAUGAAACGAAACAGAAAUUAUGUCAGCUAAAGAGAGAAUUAUUAGAAUUGAGUGUGAAUCGUGGUAAUAAUAAUAAUAAUAACAGCAUAAUUCAAUUGCAACAUCAUCUUAUCAUAUGGGCAAGUAAACUUGAUGAUGCUGGACAUUAUUUUGCAACAGUUCAGUAUCCAUUGAAUGUACAUGGAACCUCAGCUAUUACAGAAAAGGAAUAUAUUCUUCAGAUUUUAAGAGGUACCCGAUCACCAAGUGAAGCUCAACAACAACCAGUAUUUAUUGAACCUCUUACUGUGCAAUCAAUUAGUUGUGAUAAUAAUGAUCAGUGUAUUGAAAUGACGUGUGUAGUGACAGGCAAUCCUUCACCAAGAUGUUUAUUCUAUCGGAAUUCAGUUCCUAUCCCUGUGGUUAUAAUGCCAUUAACUAAAGUUGAUUCUAAACAACCACUGUCAACAAUUAAUUCUUUUUCACAGAAAUAUGCAAUCAUAUCAUCUUUAUGUAGUGUAGAUAAUACAAAAUCAUACGUUAGAAAAAUCACUUUACGUAUAAAUCGACCGUCCAGUUCAGAAGAUAUAGCCACAUACAGCUGUCGGGCUUGGAAUUGUCAUGGUCGAACUAUUACAACUACUGAUGUUUCAUUAGUAGAUCAUUUCUCUAAAUUUGAUUGUCCUCCUGGUAAAAAAUCUGUUUAUGAAAAAGUUAAUCUAACAAAAUUCGAGUCAAUUAACUUGGCAGCAAACAUUUCUCAAACUGCCGAUGAGCACGGUGAUUUUCUGGUACAAAAAGAAGAUUACCCCCACACUACUGCACGCAGUGGAUCAUUUGAUCGUUAUGCAGCUUCUGUUAGGGCUACUGAGUUGAGCAGAAAUGAUCAGGUAAGAUUGUUAGCUUAAAAGUUAUGUUCCAGGAUAUUUUUUCCCCUUGUAUAAUGAGUAUACUCAUCAAUUCAAUACACUUAGAAGCAGUUUUUCCGGUUAUUUUUGAUCUCUUCUCGACACGUUCUAACUUAUAAUGCCUCCAGAAAAUUUACUUAAUUCCUUUCACUUGGAUUCAUUCUGUUAUACAGAAGUGUUAUGUUUUGAUAUGUUAGGAAAGCGCAAUAGCUCAACCACUCAAUCACCAAUAUCCUUAACUUGUCUUGUUUUUCAUUCAUUCAUCGAUAUACUGAUUAGGCUGCCUAUGAUUUUAAGAUUUACAUUUGGACCACGACAGCCUAAUUUAAUAGAUGGAUACUUAGACUGCAGCUACUUUUUAUAUGUCAUUUCCCACCUCCUCAUUCCCAAGACUUAUCUCACUUGUCCUCCAAUAAAAAUAGACGAUAAGUCACUCAAAAUGACUGAUUGCACGAAAUCGGAAAGUACAAGAGAAUAGAGCGGACUGGGUAGUGGGAAUGAUGGAUCUACUUCAGUAAAUUGUUAUUUGCCAGGUGAUGGCCAGCAGGGGAACUGAGGACGAACAUAUUGUCGUAUUUGACACCCAGUCAUCAGCUGGAUAUACUUGCCUUCUAGCGACUGAGGAUGUUCCCUCUAGAACGUGAAUCCAGGGUCUAUCAAUUCAAAUGUCACAGUGUUAUCCAUUCCAUCACUGAAACACGAGAUCCACCUUUCAUGCAACCAGCUUCAUUUUUACUUCACUGAUACUUGCAGUUUCUGGUUGGUUAUUGUACUAAACUAAAUUAACCAGUCAAUCUUGGUAAAUAAUACCAAAAUGAAACUUGAGGUAAUAAUGAGGCAAACGUGGCAGGAGCCCAUUUCCCUACAGUGACUGAUUAGUUCGGUCCAGUUAAAUAAUCAGUAAUCAGUAAAACCUCGCCUGGUUAACUAGUUUACUAGUUACUAGCCGGUCCUAAGCCCGGGUAAAGAGGGAAGGUUGGGCAUAGGGCUAGCAACCCUACCCCGUAAAACAAAUCUAACCGCUAAAGAAACUUCAAAGCACAAACAAAAUAUAAAAAAUGAAAACAAACUUAUUCCCCGCUGGAAUCGGAGAGGCGAAAUGACGCCAGUUGGUGAAAGCCUUCGGGAAGCCAAUUGGCCGAUGUGUCUUCUCUCUCUCGAUUAAAGCGAAAGUAAACGUGGGGACAUGGAAUGUCCGUACGAUGUUUGAACCCAGUAAGGCAGCCCAGAUUGCAAAGGAGAUGAGAAGGUAUCACAUCGAAGUGCUUAAGAUUUGCGAAAGCAGAUGGAAUGGGAGUGGACUCUGCAAACUGUCAACUGGAGAAUCAAUAAUCUACUCCGAUAUUGACACCCAGACGACAACCACGAGCACACUGAGUUAUGGAGUGGCUAUCAUGAUGUCCCCAACAGCAUCGAAGGCUCUCAUGCAAUGGGAACCAAUCUCCUCCAGGAUCAUGACAGCAAGGUCCAACUCAAAAGGAAGAAAGGUCACAAUCAUACAAUGUUAUGCACCUACAAAUAAUGCAGAGCAAGAGAAAAAGGAGGAUUUCUACAGACAACUUCAAUCAACACUGGACAAGACGGCAGUUGGCGAUAUCAAAAUUCUGAUGGGCGACAGGAAUGCCAAACUGGGAGGGGACAACACGGGAAGAGAACUAACCAUGGGUCGAGAGGCACUAGGUGAAAUGAAUGAGAAUGGAGAAUUGUUUGCAGAAUUCUGCGCAUUCAACGAUUUGGUGAUUGGAGGCAGUGUGUUCAGGCACAAAGAUAUCCACAAAGCGACAUGGAUUUCACCAGAUGGAUACACUAAAAAUCAAAUCGACUUUAUCUCAAUCUCAAGAAAAUGGAGACGCAGUCUACUUAACACAAGGUCAAGAAGAGGAGCAGAUGUAGGUUCAGACCACUAUCUAGUGCAAGGAACCUUCCAAAUCAAGUUAAAAGCCUUCAAGGAAGCUGGUGAUAGACCUCAACCCAAGUACAACACUCGGAAACUGAAGGAUGAAACUACAAAGGAGAUCUUCAAGGCAGCCAUCAAGACAAAAUGGGAGACAUCGAGCAACAUCCCUGAAGAAACCUGUGUGGAAGAACACUGGAAGUCUUUGAAAGCUAUGUGGAAAGAAACCUGCACAACAGUAUUAGGAAGGAAGAAGAAAGAAGACAAGGAAUGGAUCUCGAUGGGUACAUGGAAGCUGAUAGAGGAGAGGAGGAUGGUGAAGCAGAAGAUAAACCAGUGCAAGGAUGCUCAACGACAAGAUGAACUGAGCACAAUGUAUAAGACACUGGACAAAGAAGUGAAGAAGAGUGCACGCAAAGACAAAAGACACUUCUACGAAACACUGGCAAGUGAAGCAGAACAGGCUGCAGGUAAGAGAGACCUGACAACAUUGUAUCAAAUAACCAGGUUGCUAUCAGGGAAGAGACCAACACAGAUGAAACCAAUAGAAGAUGAAGAAGGAAAUUUAAUU